CCACUCGAUAAUGCUUACCUAUGAAUCGUCGCAAGAGGAACUCACAAAUGACAAAUGGGCAUGGCGCAAGUAUGGUCAGAAGUAUAUCAAAGGUUCCCCAUUUCCAAGGAAUUACUAUAAGUGUAGCACAUCAAAACACUGUGAAGCAAAGAAACAAAUUGAGAAAAGCUCAAAGGAUGAGAACAUUUUCUUGGUAUCUUGUUCUGGUGAACACAAUCAUGAUCCACCCAUGAGCCGCAGAUAUCUUGCUAGCUGCAACAAUAAUUCCAAAUUCAAGCUUCCAAAAGGCAUAAAUAUUUCACCCAAAGAAUCAACGUUUAAUGCAUCAUCAUCCUCGUCCAAGCGCGUUAAGCAUUCAACAGAUGUUGCUUCUCCAAUUAUCAGAACUAAGCCUCCACUUGAAAUCGGGAGCAAAAACAAAAUGGUUGUUGCGGUCGUGCAUAACAUAGGUGAUGGUGAAGAAAAGGUUGACAUGAACGAAGAUAUUUUCAUGGGUAUUGAUCAACUCUAUAUUGUUACUACUUCCACCUAA